CAACAACCAACUCGUCGGCCAGGUGCCUUCGGAGUUUGGAAUGCUGUCCAAUCUUGAACUACUUGAUCUCUCGUCCAACAACUUGGCAGGAAGAUUCCCAGAUCAAUUAGGCAACUGCAGGAAACUCCGAUCGUUGAAGCUUAACAACAACAACUUCCGUGGAACCAUUCCUUUGGCCAUUGGUAAUCUGGUGGUCCUUCAAGACACGUUUGACGUCAGCCACAACUCACUAACAGGGGAGAUUCCAUCCCAACUCAGCAAAUUGGUGAUGCUGCAAAUCCUGAAUCUAUCGCAUAAUUCCUUGUCGGGUCAUCUUCCAUCUUCGCUAACGUAUAUGACGAGCUUGUCUACCGUAGAUGUAUCCUACAAUGAACUGGACGGCCCUGUUCCUGAUAGCCCAGCUUUCCGAAGAGCCCCGGCGGAGUGGUUUGCCCAUAACAAUGAUCUGUGUGGAGUUGUUCGAGGAUUGCCUCCGUGUGUUACACUCGGUACUCCAACGAAAGAUGACCGAAGCAAGCGCCACAAAGUGGUUGUAAUAGCCAUCAUUCCUUCCGUCGUCGUCUUCCUUCUCUUGUUUGUAUUCACUGCAGCUGCUUUUCAAUUGCACAAGAGAAAGAAGCCGGCAGUACCGGUCGAUGAUAAUCACAUCAAAGAAGGUGCAUUCUCUAUAUUGAAUUUUGAUGGAAGAGACGUAUACAAGGACAUCAUCGAAGCCACCGAAGAUUUCGAUGCCAAGUACUGUAUCGGAAGCGGUGCAUACGGCAGUGUCUACAGAGCAGAGUUAGCAAGUGGGGAACUGCUAGCGGUGAAGAAGAUUCAUCUACCAGACACUGAAGGUACAAGCGACGAGCAACCCUUUCAAACUGAGAUACAAACUCUUACUCAAAUUCGACAUCGCAAUAUCGUCAAGCUUUACGGGUUCUGCUCCUCUCCCCGACGCAAAUUUCUGGUGUACGAGUACAUGGAGAGAGGAAGUCUGGGAUCUGUCCUCCGAAGCGAGACUGCAGCUGAAUUGGACUGGGUGAAGAGGGUGACCAUCGUGAAGGAUGUCGCCUGCGCUUUAUCCUACAUGCAUCAUGACUGCACACCACCCAUCGUUCAUCGAGAUAUUACCAGCAACAACAUCCUACUUGAUUCCGAAUUCAAGGCUUGUGUUUCCGACUUUGGAAUUGCUCGACUACUGAAUCCGGAUUCAUCAAAUUGGACCAUGCUUGCAGGCACACGGGGUUACUUAGCACCAGAGCUUGCAUAUACAAUGAGAGUGACCACCCAAUGCGACGUGUACAGUUUCGGAGUGGUGACGCUGGAGUUACUGAUGGGAGAGUAUGGAGAAGUGCUCAUUUCCAUUCUGUCGUCUUCACCGAUCAACGAUAGCUUUGUGAAAGACGUAUUGGACCGACGUCUACCCGUUCCGGAGGGUCAAGUUGCGGAUGAAGUAGUUGCAAUUUUGAGCUUGGCUCUUCGUAGCGUGGACAACCACCCUGAAUCACGCCCGACAAUGAAACAGGUCUCCGACAAGUUAUGCGUGGUCAGAACACCCCCACCAAGCCUCCGAUCUAUUGAUGCAUUGAAGUUUUCUGACUUGAUGAACGUGGAGAUAUGAUCUAUAUGCACUCCUCUGUGCCCCGAUGCUUCUUUUGGUCAGAAUCGGUAGACUUUGUUUCCGUAUGGCUUGCUUUAUUAGUGGUUUCAUUCUUCAGCGUGUUUAAUAAAAGCAUCGGAUGGUAAUCGAUCUCUU